AGGAUCUUUUUCUGUGUCGCUAUUUGCGAUUAAAUUUCCUCCGUUUGAUAUCAGGCCGGCGAAUGAAACCAGUUGAUUUAGUUUGGUUGUGAGUAUAUCAAUCACCGGCAGCUGGAGGGUAUCAAAAAGCCCCUUUUACACGUGUUUAACAAAAAUUAAUUUUAUUAUUCCAAUAAACUCAAGCUUAUUCAAUUUAGCUUUAAUCGUUAUCAAUAUCGUGACUAUUUAAUUCCAGAAAGUGCCGGUUCAGCACUGUUACAAGAGUCGCAUCAUCCUUGGGCAUUAGUUCGAUUUCAAUCGUUGGACUUAUUGGUUCGCAACUGUGCGCAUUUCGCUUUUUGAACAGAUUGAAUAUGGCUAGUGGUAGAAUUGCUAUUCUAAGCGUUUCGGACAAAGGAGGUCUGCUGGAGUUUGCCAACGGUUUGAACCAGUUAGGCCUUAAGCUGGUUGCUAGCGGUGGUACUGCCAAGGCUUUGCGAGAUCACAAAUUGCCGGUGCGAGAUGUGGCCGACAUUACAGGAGCUCCGGAAAUGCUCGGUGGUCGUGUCAAAACUCUGCAUCCGGCCGUUCACGGUGGCAUCUUGGCACGGGAGACUCCCUCCGACUUGGGAGAUUUAAAAAGUCAAAAAUACGAGUUGGCUCAGAUCGUGGUGUGUAAUUUGUAUCCGUUUGGAUUAACAAUUUCCAAGCCAGACGUUACCAUUGCUGACGCUGUGGAGAACAUCGAUAUCGGUGGUGUUACAUUGUUGAGAGCAGCAGCUAAAAACCACAAACGUGUCACGGUUAUCUGCGAUCCACAGGAUUACGGUAAAGUCCUCCAGGAGAUUAAGCAGUUUGGUGAUACUACGGAAACAACUCGUCAACUUUUGGCAUUGAAAGCUUUUACUCAUACGGCAGAAUAUGAUAAUCUCAUUUCGGACUAUUUCCGCAAACAGUAUUCGGGUGGAGUUUCGCAGCUCAAUUUGCGCUAUGGUAUGAAUCCUCAUCAAAAGCCAGCACAAAUUUUCACCACCCUCGAAAAGUUGCCAUUAAAGGUUGUAAAUGCAUCACCAGGGUUCAUAAACCUCUGUGACGCUCUGAACGGUUGGCAGUUGGUACGAGAACUAAAGCGAGCUCUCGGUCUUCCUGCUGCCACUAGUUUCAAACACGUGUCUCCUGCUGGAGCUGCCGUUGGAGUUCCGUUAACUUUGGAUCAAGCGAAGCUCUGCAUGGUCGAUGACCUUUUCGAAAGUCUAACUCCAUUGGCUACGGCUUAUGCUCGAGCACGUGGGGCUGAUCGCAUGUCAUCAUUCGGAGAUUUUGUUGCAUUGUCAGACACUUGCGAUCUGGUAACCGCUAAGAUUAUUUCUCGUGAAGUGUCCGAUGGUAUCAUCGCACCGGGAUACACCGAAGAAGCUCUCGAACUGCUCAAAAAGAAAAAGAAUGGGUCGUACUGUGUACUUCAGAUAGAUCCAACCUACGAACCGAGCCCUAUCGAACGGAAGACUUUGUUCGGACUUCAAAUGGAGCAGCGCCGUAAUGAUGCUGACAUUAACAAAGCUCUAUUUACAAAUAUCGUUUCAAAGGACAAAAAUUUACCUGAUGGUGCCUUGCGCGAUUUGAUAGUCGCAACUAUUGCCUUAAAGUACACCCAAAGCAAUUCUGUUUGUUAUGCCAGAGAUGGUCAAGUCAUUGGAAUCGGAGCCGGUCAACAGUCCCGCAUACAUUGUACCCGCCUUGCUGGUGAUAAGGCAGACAACUGGUGGCUUCGUCAGCAUCCUCGUGUAACUUCCAUGCAGUUCAAAAAGGGAGUCAAACGUGCCGAAAUUUCAAAUGCCAUCGAUAACUACGUGAAUGGAACCGUUGGGAAGGACAUGCCGGUAAAGCAGUUCGAAUCGAUGUACGAGAAAAUUCCGGACUAUUUGACUGAUGCUGAUAAACUAGCGUGGGCUAAGCAACUGAGUGGCGUUUCACUCGGCUCUGAUGCGUUCUUCCCCUUCCGGGACAACGUCGACCGGGCCAGACUGAGUGGCGUUUCCUUCAUUGCCAGUCCAGCGGGCUCGACCAACGAUGCUGGUGUCAUCGAAGCUUGCAAUGAACAUGGCAUUGUGAUGGUCCAUACCAACUUGAGAUUGUUCCAUCAUUAAAUGUUUAACCCGAAAGGUUAAUUUUCCUACAAAAAUCCAUAUCAUAUUAAAAUUCCAUUCUUUAAA